AUGUCUUUGCUUGGCUUACCUUUUGAGUUACUCUUGUCUGUUCUCCGUCGACUUCCUGGCUCUUCAUUGGCCCAGCUGUGUCUAACCAGCCGGGAGGCAUACGAGACUUGCGUUCCACUGCUUUAUGGUCAUCUCCGGCUAAGCUACCGCCAUCACGUCCGACAGUUGGCCAUUGGGAUGCAACAUCGGCCACUCCUUCGAAAGACAAUCGAGCUCUAUACACAAAAGGUUACUCUGCGUCCCAAACAGAGUGGGAAUCACUGGCUGGUGGCAGACUUUUGCCGUUUGUUCCCAGAAUUGAAGCAAGUGAGAGAAGUUGUGUGCAGUCAUUUUGGGUUUCUGUCUGUGGACCGAGUCAGAGAGCUGGCGGGGAGUUUACCCCAGUUGACCCAUGUCACCCUCAACCACUGCCGGCUUGUUGCUACGCAGCAUCGAGGUGAGAUACGCGAGACCGAGUGGGGGUCUACCGACACUAGUGGUAUCGACGAUGAGCAAGAGCAGGAAGUAAUUGCGCCGACUCCAAAGAGCGAAGAGAUUUUUGAGAGGGUGUGCCAUCUGAACGCCCAAUGGACCGACUUUUCUGUUGGAGCAGCCACUCAAUUGCUAUCUUCCAUGCCGUUGCUCGGCUGGAUCGAUCUCGGUGCAAAUCACAAUCGAAUCCCCACCGCCAACGAUGGAGUGGUGGCCAGUUUGUGGGAGCACUGCCCUCGCCUUAGACAUAUGUCAAUAUCGCUCCAGCAAGUGAGUGAGUCGACCCUGUGUGAGCUGAUCAGUAAGUUUGGUGGCCAACUUGAGACGCUUGCUAUUCGAUGUGAUGGACUUGAGACUCUUGGUGCAUUGGCGACCUAUUGCACACGCCUGGAACGUCUGGUGAUUAGGGCAGCAAACACGCCAUGGACGGUUGAGUUUACGACCACUCCACCUGAUGAAGAGAUUACAAACACUGUGGUGAGUAUUCUUCAACACUGCCAGGGGCUUGUUCAACUAGAGAUGGUGUCCUGGGUUAUGCAAGAUGUACCAGUGAUCGUAUGGCGUGCCAUGGACACAGUAAUCGAGAGACAAGGACCAUGCCAACCGCUCUCCCUCAGCAUUGCCCUGCAGCCACACAAAACGUGCCUAAAGCCAAAGCCAUCUACGGAGGAUCCUAUUCAGGGGUACCCUCACGGAACUAUUAGAAAAACCCUUAGACUAGAGCAAGAAGUUCUGCAGGAGAUCCGCAAGGAGAUACAUAGUCUUGUCUUGACAUCCUAA